CUCUGCACCAUGGAAAACACCCCGCUAGCUGUUAGCCAGGCCCCCUUAGCCGGUGAGGACCGCAAUAGUAUAGCUGCUAGUGUAGCUUCUGCUAGUGUAGCUUCUGCUAGCCGUCCCCUAGCAGCACCCGAGCAGCCGGGAAGUCAGGGUAGCUGGGUGACAGUUUGUAGGAAACGUAGUCCUAAGCUCAAGCCUGCUGUCCCGGCACACCACAAACUGCUUCACGUUUCUAAUCGUUUUUCCCCACUCAACGACACACCCGCUGAGAAACCAACUCUGAUCAUUCGCAGCUCCAUAGUCAGAAACGUGAAGCUAGCGACACCAGCGACCAUAGUAAAAUGCCUCCCAGGGGCCAGAGCGGGCGAUAUAGAAGCAAAUUUGAAACUGCUGACUAAAGAUAAUCAUAAAUACAAUAAGAUUGUUAUUCAUGUCGGCGGUAAUGACACCCGGUUACGCCAAUCGGAGGUCACCAAAGUUAGUGUGGCAUCGGUGUGCAACUUUGCCAAAACCAUGUCGGACUCCGUAGUUUUCUCUGGACCCCUGCCAGAUCUGACCAGCAACGAUAUGUUUAGCCGCAUGUCGUUUCGCUGCUGGGUUUCUACGUGGUGUACUGCAAAUGACGUAGGCUUUAUAGAUUGUCAAGAUUGUCUUAAGGACAUAAAGACCUGGAUGACCUAUAAUUUCUUACUACUAAAUUCAGACAAGACUGAAGUCAUUGUAUUUGGCCCCAAACAUCUUAGAAAACUGAUUUCAAAGCAUAUAGUUACACUGGAUGGCAUUACAUUGGCCUCCAGUACUACUGUGAGGAACCUCGGCGUUAUCUUUGACCAGGACAUGUCCUUUAACUCACACAUAAAAUAAAUCUGUAGGACUUCCUUUUUCCACCUGAGAAAUAUUGUGAAAAUCAGGAACAUCCUGUCUCAGAGUGAUGCAGAAAAACUAGUCCAUGCAUUUGUUACUUCUAGGCUUGACUACUGUAAUUCCUUAUUAUCAGGUUGUCCCAAUAGCUCUCUGAAACAUCUACAGCUGAUCCAAAAUGCUGCAGCCAGAGUACUGACGGGAGUUAGCAAGAGAGAUCAUAUUUCUCCUAUAUUGGUUUCUCUUCAUUGGCUUCCUGUUAAAUCUAGAAUAGAAUUCAAAAUCAUUCUUCUGACAUAUAAAGCUCUUAACAACCAAUCUCCAUCAUAUCUUAAAGACCUGAUAGUACCAUAUUAUCCUAGCAGAACUCUUCGCUCUCAGACUGCAGGCUUACUUGUUGUUCCUAGAAUCUCUAAAAGUAGAAUGGGAGGCAGAGCCUUCAGUUAUCAGGCACCUCUCCUGUGGAACCAGCUCCCAGUUUGGGUUCGGGAGGCGGACACCCUCUCUAUUUUUAAGACCAAGCUUAAAACCUUCUUUUUUGACAAAGCUUAUAGUUAGGGCUGACUGGGGGACCCUGACGGGGUGAGCUGGUGUUUUCAUUUGCACUGAUGCACUGAGCCCUUCUCUAACUACCUAUGUAUUUACUAUAUGUACCAUUAUUGCAUUACAUUCACUCUGUUUCUCCCUGUGUCCUUUCUCUGAGUGUCCCUGGUCCCAGAGCUGGAUGCUUCAGAUGUGUGGUUGUUCUCCCACCAACUGUAACCCUCUACCUCUAUCCCUCUACCUCCAUCCCUCCAUCUCUAUCCCUCUAUCUCUACCUCUCUACCUCUUCUGUCCCUCUCAACCCGCCCGGCCAGCAGGCAGAUGGGUCCCCCCACAUUAGAACCGGGUUCUGCUCGAGGUUUUUUUCCCUGUUAAAAGGGUGUUUUCCUUGCCACUGUCGCCUUUUGGCUUGCUGUGGGGGUCAGGCAUAUGGGUUCUGUAAAGCGUCUCGAGACAAUUUGACUGUAAUUGGCGCUAUAUAAAUAGAAUUGAAUUGAAAAAUUUACAGAUUAGUUGAUCCAUAUGUUGACAUUAGUUUGAGUACAGCCUGCUGGAAUAUUAUUGGACUAUCUCUCAAAACUCUGCUGCAGACUUUUAACCAGCAUGCAGUCCUCCCUUUUGAAACCUCAGUUACUACACCUGCCUUCAACACAGGAAAAACGUGUCAGUUGUGUCUGUAGAAGAUGAAGAGUUUGAGUUUGAUGUCAAACAUAUUGCACCAGAUCUGACAGCAUUUUUCACCUGAUUUGUCAAAAUUAGUUUUAGUUACUUUAGUUGUUCAGUCAGUUUGUUAAAAUGUGAGCCUCAUAUCUGAUGUCCACUGGGGGUCAUGCAGGUCAGGGCAGUGCUUAUCCUGAGCACCAGCAGCUAAGUGCUGAGCUAAUGAGAAAGAAACAAGCCAUAACACAACUGACAUUUUAACAACACUGCCAAAUCAGUACAAACUCAAAGAAUAUUUGUCAAGAACCUUAAGAACCAGGACCCUGUUUCACAAAACUGCUGCUUACAUGCAGAUUGUAGAUAGCACUAGCAUCAAGUCUCACAAAUACAGACAAAUUUGUGAGUUCUCCAGCCUUCUUCCAGGCUCAUGCAUUGCUUACAGGUUUUGUGCUUCUUUUGGUGAUUUGAAAGUGUUCACAUCAACAUGAGCAGACGUUUCAUGUUGUAACUUGCUCGUGUUAACAUGCUCUGUGUAUGGGCCAUAAACCACACAAAAAACUAUUUAAAAAAAUUUUGCUUUAAGUUUUUGGCGUUAAAGCAAAGUUCUGUUGUCAUCUCUCUGUCCAUUUGCCCCCCUUCCUCUUUUAGGCAAACAAAGGAUAAGGUCACCUUCCUUAAUUAGGAAAAGCUAAAUAGUUUUAGGGGUUUUAACUCUUUUGAGUGAAAUAAUGUAAUCCCCUUAAGCAGGAUUACCACACUGCUGUCAAUCUUUGUUUGCUGUUAAGUGGCUAUAGCACAAAAUUGUUAUUGUUUGGUCUUUGUUAACCUCCUUGACUCAACAGGUAUGGUUAAAAAGGAAAUUGAAUUAUGAAUUAUAGGAUUUAAUUUAUACUAAUGAGCCCGUUAAAGUAUUGACUUCCAUUUAACUCAUGUCAGGAGGUGCAUGAUCUUUCCUUUAGGUCAAUGCCACAAAAUAACCCUCCGACUAAAGGAAAUGUCUCUGCAUUUUGGCAACAAUAUCUUGACGCUUUGAUUAAAUAUUAAGCUGCCAUCUUGCAAUCCCUGUCCUGACCAGAAAUCUUGUAAUUAUGAUUUUGUUGUACCUUAAUCUGUGGGCCUAAUCUUCCUCUUUUUUUUUUUUUUUUUUUUGCACAGACAUGGACAUGACAUCUGGAGGAGUGGAAAGAUGGUUUUAAGAUUUAUGUAAGUAGGUUUAGAGUCUGCACUGACUGAUGCACUUGAGAUGGGGAGGAGUUUAGGGAGGGCGUGGAGGCUGCUGGCUGCAAGGGCGCACGAGUUACCCCUAAAUCCAGCAGGGGCCAAAUCCACCGGGACGUCCCCCUCUCUGACGUGCCGCGGGGGUGCCUCACGAGCAGGGUGGGGGGAGUUUUACGGCCAGGCACUACUUUAAAACCCGCCUCCGAAGAUGCUCCACAACCACUGAGCAAGAUACUGCUGUGCGUCCUGUGCGCAACUUUGGCACCAUCCCUGGACUCCAUUUGGCUUGGGCAAGAAAAAACACUGAAGAAACGCAGCAAUAAAUACAAGGAGAAGUGUGUUUGUGUCAUUUUUACUUUUCCCCCCCUGGACUUUACCAACAAAUGUGGCUUCUUGGAUCAACUUCCCAAGUGAUGAUGAUGGAUGAGCGCAUGUCUCCCUCCGCACGCUCCGUCCAGAGCCCCGGCAGCAACCCGUCCACAAUCCACAGCAUCGAGGCCAUUCUGGGAUUUAAGGAGGACACCAUCUUCCACAAGUCAGCCUCCUACAGCAUGGCAGAAAAAGUUCUGGUGAAAGAUGCUGAGCGCAACGGGAAUGUAAUAGUGAGCCAAAUCAAGAAGAGCCACUACACAGAAAGUUGUGACAGUGUGUGUUGCGGCAGCAGCACCGGGGAAGCCUCGGUGUGUCCGGACUCACCGGACAGAGACGGAAAACUGUCCGACGACGAGAGCCAGAAGAAGAAACACCGCCGGAACCGAACCACGUUCACAACCUUCCAGCUGCACGAACUGGAGAGAGCCUUCGAGAAGUCCCACUACCCGGACGUGUACAGCAGAGAGGAGCUGGCCCUGAAGGUCAACCUGCCGGAGGUCCGAGUACAGGUAUGGUUUCAGAACCGGCGGGCCAAGUGGCGUCGGCAGGAGAAGCUGGAGGUGAGCUCCAUCAAGCUCCAGGACACCUCCCCCUCCUCCCUGCUGUCGUUCAGCCGCUCCCCCGGCAGCUCCCUGGGCUCGGGGCUGCAGCUGGACCCCUGGCUCUCCAGGCCCAUCACCUCCUCAGCCUCCCUGCAGUCGCUCCCCGGCUUCAUCAGCAGCUCGCAGGGCCUCACGGGCACUUACACCCCUUCUCCGCCCCCUUCCAUGCCGUCCUCUUUGCCGGCCUCCUUCCUCAACUCCCAGGCCCUGGGACACGGCCCUCACCUGCCCCACAUCGCCUCCAUGUGCCCCCCACCUCCAGCAUACCAGUGCUCAGCUGAUCCCAGGAACUCCAGUAUUGCCUCACUGAGGAUGAAGGCCAAGGAACACAUUCAGUCUAUUGGUAAAACUUGGUGAUGCUCAGUGGAGGUUUAAAAUGGACUUCAAGGCCCAGAAUAAACGGUGCGGAAUCUUUAAAAAAAUUAAAAAACUGGCUUCAUCUUCAACCUGACUGGAUUGUAUUCUGUUGGAAGUUUUAAAGAGGGACAUCUCCAGCUGCUCUCCAGGAUUUGAGGUGUCUUCAUGAGUGUCUUUCUAAAGAUGUGUGACUCAAACUGUGAAUCUGCUGUAAAAUAUGAAACUACUGAAUCAUGA